GCGCGGAAGCAGAGAGUGAGAGGCGGCCUCCAGUGAUAACCUGCUGGCUGCUGCUGCCACGUCAAGCUACUAGUAGCUCCAUACAGUCAAUAACGCAGCCGACGACCGAUUAGCAUGCAGCAGCAGCAGCAGCAGUAGACUUCUCCGGAUCUCCACACAGAAAUCCAUAUAAAAUUAAUCCCCAUCCAGAUUACCCAAGAUAUACGUACGUAGUAGUUGUGCAGGCUCUCUGUAGUGCACUGCUUCUUCUGCUGACCAUGGAUGCUGCUGACCUGCCAUGAUAUGAUCUUCGGUCUCGACACGUACGGUACGACGCCGGCAAAGCGAGCGAGAGGCGUGGUUGCGUGGCGUCCAUGGAUACAUGCUAGCUGCUGCCGCUCAUCGUGUUGAUCUGAGACAAAUGAUCUAGCUAGGCGCAGCAGCCAGGAGAAAGCUAGGCCCCUCGUCCCGGAUCACGCGGAUCGGCAUUAGCCAAGUCGUCUUCAUCGCCGCGCGCCGCCGUACGUCUUGCCGCCGGCUGGCCGGUUCGACCUCGACCAUCAUGGCGCUUGCGAGCACGGACAAGGUUGUGCUGGGAUGCAUCGCCUUCACCAUCUUCUGGGUGCUGGCCGUCUUCCCGUCGGUGCCCUUCAUGCCCGUGGGCCGCACCGCGGGCUCCCUCCUGGGCGCCAUGCUCAUGGUGCUCUUCCGCGUCAUGACCCCCGAGGAGGCCUACAAGGCCAUCGACCUCCCGAUCCUCGGCCUCCUCUUCGGCACCAUGGUCGUCAGCAUCUUCCUCGAGCGCGCCGACAUGUUCAAGUACCUCGGCAGCGCGCUGGCGUGGCGGAGCCGGGGAAGCAAGGACCUGCUCUUCCGCGUCUGCCUCGUGUCCGCCGUCGCCAGCGCGCUCUUCACCAACGACACCUGCUGCGUCGUGCUCACCGAGUUCAUCCUCAAGCUGGCCAGGCAGAACAACCUGCCCCCGCAGCCGUUCCUGCUGGCCCUGGCGUCCAGCUCCAACAUCGGCUCCUCCGCCACGCCCAUCGGCAACCCGCAGAACCUCGUCAUCGCCGUGCAGAGCGGCAUCACCUUCGGACAGUUCCUCGUCGGCGUCUUCCCGGCCAUGAUCGUCGGCGUCGUCACAAACACCUGCAUCCUGCUCUGCUACUUCUGGAGGUACCUCUCCGUGCCGGAGAAGGACCAGGAGGGCGGCGCCGCCGAGAGGGGGCCUGAGGUCGUGGCCGACGAAGAGGUCACCUCGCACAGGUUCACGCCGGCAAGGAUGUCGCACGCCUCCUCCGUCAACGGCGGCGUGGACGUCGACUGCAUCAGCGAGCCCAUUCGCCGGACCGACAGCCUCAACAGGGCCGACACGAUGAGCAUGAGGAGCCGGAGCUACAACUCCGAGGGCGACAUCCAGGUGGCCAUCAGGUCCAUGCGCGCCUCCAGCAUGUCGCAGGAGAUGGUGGAGGUGUCCACCGUCUGCGACAGGCGCGACGACGGCGGCGGCGGCGGCGUCGGGCCCAGGAAGAUCACCAGGACCACCAGCCACCAGCGCAGCGUCAUCAUCGAGGACGCGCCCGAGGCUGACGCCGACGAUGGCCAGAAGGGCAAGGACGGCGACGACGUCAAGGAGAAGAGAUGGAAGGUGCUCGUGUGGAAGAGUGCCGUGUAUCUCACCACACUUGGGAUGCUCGUCGCGCUUCUCAUGGGACUCAACAUGUCCUGGUCUGCCAUCACUGCUGCUCUCGUCCUCCUCGCACUUGAUUUCACUGACGCACAGGCUUGCCUGGAGAAGGUGUCAUACUCUUUGUUGAUCUUCUUCUGUGGGAUGUUCAUAACGGUCGACGGCUUCAACAGGACUGGCAUACCCAAUGCGCUCUGGGAGCUGGUCGAACCGCACUCGAGAAUCGACAGUGCCAAAGGCACGGCGCUUCUCGCGGUUGUGAUUCUUGUUCUUUCAAAUGUCGCCUCAAAUGUUCCAACUGUUCUGCUGCUGGGUUCAAGAGUGGCAGCAUCAGCAGCUGCAAUCUCACCAGAAUCACAGAAGAAAGCCUGGCUCAUUCUAGCAUGGGUCAGCACGGUGGCCGGCAACCUGACACUCUUGGGCUCAGCCGCGAACCUGAUCGUCUGCGAGCAGGCGCGGCGGGCACAGUUCUUCGGGUACAAUCUCACCUUCUGGAGCCACCUCCGCUUCGGCUUGCCGUCAACCAUCAUCGUCACCGCCAUCGGCCUGCUCAUCGUCGUCAGUUACUGAACCCACGCAAGGAUGUGUAGCUGGUAGCAGCCAGGCAGAACGCUGCAGGAAACAAGUAAACCAGAAGGAAUGGAAACAGCUAGCAGUGCAAAUGGUAAUGUACCUGAGAAGGAGAUGUUGUACCGUACCGAUAGGUCUUUUGUUGUACGUUGUAACAGUUUUUAUGUUUGUGUAAGUUUGGUUAAUUUCGCGCAACCGAUGCCUAAAGGCGUCGGGUUGCCCAUCUGCUAAGGCAAAAUAAUGGGCAAGACAAGAUUAUAGAUGGCAUGAAGUAGAGGCCGGCACCCCUGUUCUAGUUAAAAAGGCGAAAACUUGGUCUAGCUAGUUCAGGUAGGAGGGCUGGCGAAAUUUGUAUGGUGAGUUUCUUAAUUUGGUGGUGAAUGGUGAUGUCAAAGGGACUUGUGUCCUUGUGUUUGGAACUUCUCUCGGUAAAGAAACAAGGUUGUGCCAAGCUGUGGACUUUGUAACUU